AUUUGUACAGUCAGACUGCAGGCUGAUCUUGUGACCAAGAAACUCGAUGAGGGCGCUCUAGAUCUGAGAAGAAGGGAAGCCGCCCAGGUAUUCGCAGGAGGAAGGCGGCAAGGACAAAGCUGGCGCCCCGAAAAGGGUUUCACGGAAGCACACUACGAACCACCCUAAGCGUGCCGACCAUUUUUGGCCUCAGGAAGAGCCGUUUGAGGAUAGCAGGUGCUCAGAGCUUGGUGUUGUUUUGCACGGGUUCCGUGCAUUGAAGUGAGUUUUGAGAGAGCUUUGACCUGUGCUGCACUUGCUAGAAGGGUUGAUAAGCCCCUUGGUUGGUGAGGCAGGCUGAAGAGCUCGAGUUUCCAAGGUCUACUGUAAGGUUCCUUCCCUGGUUUGCAACCGACAAUCUCUGCCCCCCUGACUGUUGGCCGCUUCUUAGAUCUCAAUAGACAGGGUAGAAAGACGCUUAGCAGGGGCACCAGUGUUGAUGUUUCAAAGAUUGUGAGGGGAAAGUUCAUGACAGAGCCAGUCAUAACAACGACCCCAGAGCUGCCAGGGUCUACUUCGGCUGGAAUGGGUAUGCUGGCUACUGCAGAAGCAGACCCCAGCGACUAUCUCAACAAGCUUGCCAAGCAUCCAAGACUCUCCAGGAUGCACGGUAUUCCUGAAGGAGCGAACGGGGAGUUCCUCUACCGGAGUAAACAGCCCCGCCCCCUGGAAGAUGGGAACUGGAUGUGCGAAGAUCCAGCCUGCAGGAAUGUCAACUAUCCCAGGCGGUCAGAGUGCAACAAGUGCGGGAAGAAGCGGGGGUUGAUAGGAGACACCAUCGUGAAGAAUUACGUGGAGUCCAUCAAGCUGGCCCGGGGCGAGUCAGCACCUAGCGCCUUGCAACAUGCUUCUCGACUGGCGAACAUGUCGACCUACGAACGGGGGCCGUACUAUCCGGACGUCAUGGGGGCAGACCUGCGCUACUCGACUUCGGAACAUGAUGCGUGGUUGGCGGCGGCUAAUGGUGGGGGACUCGACGCUCCGUACACUCCGCAGUAUACCACCAACGGGGGGUCGCACAGUCGGAGGUCAGCCUUCACGACCGCUAGCGAGGGUCGCCGCUUGGCUGAGCAGCUCCUGCUCCAGUUUGCCAACUCUUCAGACCCGGUCGGGGACGCCCGCGAGUGCGUGGCAGCAGCCGCGCUCUGGCUGGGCUCUGUCACAAAGUCACGCUCCCAGGCCGACUACUCGCACAGCGUCUCACCCUCGUCCCUCUCUCCGGUCUCCUCUUCGUCCCUUAGUAACCUGGCAGCGCUCUCCCAGGCGGACCAUACCUCGCCCCUGGUUCUCCCCUCGGCGUACUACGGAGGGCCUAACGGCAUGACACCUGGCAUGGGCCUGAACGCCCACGUGUCCACUCUCCGAGGGGUGGCCGGGAGGGUGCCCCCGAUUCGGCCCGUUGUGUCGUUCGAAGACUACAAGGACCGGCCGAGCGACUACUUGAGGGAGUUUGGCGACCCCGCGGCUUUGAACGCGGCCGGCACCUCCGCCAUCAGGCCCCUGGCAGGGGUCAAUGGCAACUGGGAAUGUGACGACUGCAAGAACGUCAACUUCCCGAGGAGGACGAACUGUUACCAGUGCCAUAAGAAGCGGGGGUCCAAGGGGGAGGACAUUGUUAGAGAGUAUGUCCGCCGCCUCAUCGAGGAGAGCCUUAGGGUGUAGGGAGGUGUCGAUCUGCCCGGAUUUGUUUCUGCAUGGGCCAGGUACCAUGUACCGUUUGCAAAUAAGACUCAUGCAGUACAACGUAUUGCACGGGGAUAGGACUCGUAGUGCUUGCUGGUAAGGAGUGUAUGCACAGGGACAUUGUACAGUUUUGCACCGAGCACGGCUGCGUUUAGGAGGUUGUUUUAGAGCGCUAAAAGGGUGAGUGCGUCUGGGUCGACGAAGCUCGGUGGAAUUUUCCGGCGGUCGCAAAGUGUGGCUUCGAAUUGGUUCUCCUACUGUUAGCAGGUUACCGGUUUUACGAUAGAUUGAGGACGCGGCCGAUCAUUGUUCGAUAUCAAACGCUUGUAGAGCCGCCUGCGUUCGUGUCACGAUACGAUUGGGUAUAAUCUGAACAGUAGGAGGGAUAUAUUGACACGGUUGAGGUCCCAAGGUCGGACAUGCAGGAUGUCCAGUCUCGAGGUUCUAUAAUACAGGAGUGCGCUAGGGGUUUUGUUUUGAUUUCCUCGACCUUAGACAUGAACGAUCGUUUGCCAGGAUUGAAAAACUGCAUAUAUCUAUAUGCUCGUUUUGUGCUGAACAGAUCUCCGCGACGCUUGACUAG